AUGCUGUUGGCCCCACCUCAGGAAAACCAAAAAAGAAGAAAAAAAGAAGAUGAAGUUGAAGUUGAAGAAGAAGAAGAAGAGGAAGAAGAAGAUGAUGAAGAGGAAGAGGAAGACAGAGAGACAGAGAAGACGAUGUCAAAGCAGAUGCCAGAAGAAAGGAGGUCCAGAGGUGCAGCAGAUCGAGAGAGAGAGAGAGACAGAGAGAGAGAGACAAGGACAUGCGAGAGCUUGCCAAAAGGUUUCUUCGACCCAAGCUUUUUCCUCCUCACAUGCUUUUUCCUUCGUUUCUUCUUCCUAAACGCUAAAGACUAA